AUGAAUGCAACCAUUGCAACUCCCGAUGCAAGCCGUAAUAUUGUAGCUAACAAGGGGUUUGGGAUAAGAAGAAGAAGUUCUGGCUUCUGGGGUGAGAACACAAGGGGAAGUCUUAACGUAAGAUUUCCCAGUACUCAACCAUGCAAGAGUUUUAAGGCUUCGAGUCUCAAGCCUGCCACUGCACGCGCUGUUUACUCUUCAGACGUCAACGUCAACGUAGAGUCUCCGGCAACGGAGGGAUCAGUUUUUCAGAGUCCAAAGGCAAACCCUGAAAAUGUAGCUGCCAUCAUACUGGGUGGAGGUGCUGGAACUCGACUCUUUCCUCUUACCAGCACAAGAGCCAAGGCCGCUGUUUCCAUUGGAGGGUGUUACAGACUCAUAGAUAUUCCUAUGAGCAAUUGCAUCAACAGUGGCAUCAGGAAAGUGUACGUUUUAACUCAGUUCAACUCUUUCUCCCUCAAUGCGCACCUGUCUCGCACGUAUAAUAUUAAAAAUGGAGUGAACUUUGGAGGUGGUUUUGUGGAGGUCUUGGCUGCUACUCAAACUCCUGGAGAAUCUGGGAGCAAAUGGUUCCAAGGAACAGCUGAUGCAGUGAGGCGAUUUAUCUGGGUUUUUGAGGAUGCCAAGAACAAGAAUAUUGAACACAUAAUGAUAAUUUCUGGUGACCAUCUUUGCCGGAUGGACUAUUUGAAGCUUGUGGAGCAACACAGUGCGAACAAUGCUGAUAUCACAGUUUCAUGUGUACCUAUGGAUGAAAGCGGUGCAUAUGAUCAUGGGCUAAUGAAAAUUGAUAAAAGGGGAAGGGUUACAGAGUUUUUAGAAAAUCCAAAUGAAGCUGAUGUGAACGCAAUGCGUGUUGAUACCACUCUCCUAGGGUUAAGUGCAGAAGAAGCAGAGAAAUAUCCUUUCAUUUCUCCAAUGGGAGUUUUUGUGUUCAGAACUGAGGUGCUGCUGAAACUGCUAAGAUGGAGUUGUCCUUCUUGUAAUGACUUAGAAUCUGAAAUUAUCCCAUCUUCUUUGAGGGACCACAAAGUCCAAGCAUAUAUGUUCAAGAAUUACUGGAAAGAUAUUGGAACUAUCAAGUCCUUCUUUGAAGCCAAUCUGGACCUAACAGAACAGUCUCCAAAGUUUGAGUUCUAUGAUCAGAAGAGGCCUUUCUUCACUUCCCCAAGAAACCUACCACCCACUAGAGCAAUAAAAUGCAGGAUUGUGGACGCAAUUAUCUCUCAUGGGGUCUUCUUGAAUCAGUGUAAAGUUCAACAUUCUGUUGUUGGUUUGCGCUCACGUUUAGAGGCUGGUUCAGAGCUUCAGGAUACCAUGAUGAUGGGUGCUGACUUCUAUCAAACUGAUUCUGAAAUUGCAACACUGCUGGCAGCUGGAAAGGUUCCAAUGGGUGUUGGAGAGAAUACCAAAAUCAGGAAGUGCAUCAUUGACAAGAAUGCCAAAAUAGGAAGAAAUGUGAUCAUUGCCAAUGCUGAUGGUGUUGAAGAAGCUGACAGGCCUGAAGAGGGAUUCUACAUUAGGUCUGGCAUCGUAGUUAUAGUGAAGAAUGCAACAAUCAAAGAUGGAACAGUGAUUUGAAGGAGUUUGUUGCAGAAAGUGUAGUAGGAUUAGUCUGUUCCAUUGUAUACUCCAAGUUACACUUCAUGUAGGAACU